AAAGGUGGCAGUAAUGCUGACGCUGGCAAGCAAGCUGAAGCGGGAUGACGGUCUCAAAGGGUCCCGGACGUCAGCCACGGCCUCCGACUCCACUCGGAGGGUUUCUGUGAGAGACAGGCUGCUUGUUAAAGAGGUUGCAGAACUUGAAGCUAAUUUACCCUGUACAUGUAAAGUGCAUUUUCCUGAUCCAAACAAGCUUCAUUGCUUUCAGCUAACUGUAACCCCAGAUGAGGGUUACUACCAGGGUGGAAAAUUUCAGUUUGAAACUGAAGUUCCUGAUGCGUACAACAUGGUGCCUCCCAAAGUGAAAUGCUUGACCAGGAUCUGGCACCCCAACAUCACAGAGACAGGCGAAAUAUGUCUAAGUUUACUGAGAGAACAUUCGAUUGACGGCACCGGCUGGGCUCCCACGAGGACAUUAAAGGAUGUUGUGUGGGGGUUAAACUCUUUGUUUACUGACCUUUUGAAUUUUGAUGAUCCACUGAAUAUUGAAGCUGCAGAACAUCAUUUACGGGACAAGGAGGACUUCCGGAAUAAAGUUGAAGACUACAUUAAGCGUUACGCCAGAUGAUAGGAGGAGAAGACCGCAGGGCCGUGGACUGUGUGUUCUAAGUCUGUCUCAGCUUAAACCAAGAGGGAGCCCUCCUCCCCAGUCCUCACGCUCCCUCUCAGUCCCACUGGGUCGUCCAAGUCCUGUGACAUGUUGUCCUGAGGAAGAACCUCUUCACGACCGCCCAUUGUAGACGGAGAGAUCCACAUAAAUACAGCAAGAAAAUGUGUUUGGGGUUCUAAAGAGUUGUCUGCUUACCUUAACAUGUUUACUUUUUGAAACUGUACUGUAUAGGCUAUUGAUGAGAAGUUGUAAUGAACUCAGAGUUGAGGCUAGAGCUUGCUUCUUCCCUUGUCCCAAACAAGAUCACUUCCCUGCACAAGUGAUGCUAAUGACGUGCUCAGUGUAGCUCGCAGAUUGGCGGCAAGAAACCCGCUACAAACUGUGAUUGGAUGCAAAUUCUCUUAGCUCCUCCACGAAUGGUGGCCCUGCCUAGGUGUCGUGAAGCUUCCCAGAAUGCAUAGAGUCAUUCACUGUAGAUCUCUUACUGAAAUGCGUAUUUUAUUUAAUGUAAGUAUAUUUUGGAACAGAUUUGUAAUUUGUACAAUUUAAUGCUUUAAUUAUUUUUUUCUAUU